GAAUUUUUUCUGAUGAAAGUGUAGUCGAUAAUUGGUAUAAAGCUGUAUUAGAAUUAUCAAAAAAGAAUCCUGGUGAGUUUAAAUAUUCUAUUGAGAAGGUAUCUCGGGAAUGGUAUACAUUACCUCAUUCAGAUCAUAUUAUUCAUGUAACUCGAAGUGCUCCUGAAAAUGAAUUAAAAGAAUUUAAAGGAAAAUGUUUUUGGUUAUUAAUAGACGAUGUGGGAGGUAGACAUAUACCUUUGAUUUAUAAUGGUGGUGGUUCUGGAUCAGAAGGAGGUAAUUCAGAUAGUAACAAUGCUGGAUCAAAUUCAGGUUCUAGAAAUAUAUCUGGUAAUCCUGGUUCAAAUACAGGUCAAGGAGGUAAUCCAACUGGUGGAAAUACAACUAGACCAAAUACAGGUUCAGGAAAUAGUACAGGAUCUAAUCCAAAUGAAUCAGGUGCUAAUAAACCUAAUAAUUCCGGAUCCAGUUUAAAUCAAAAACAAAAAUUGGCUCUUGAUGAAAUUUUUAAAAAUCUUCAAAUGCAACGAACCGACAAUGAUGAUAAUGACCUUGAAGAACUCAAAAAAGUUUCACAAAAACUUGCAGAAUUACUUAAUAUGCAAAAU